AUGAUAGUUCCAGUAAUGAAUAAAAGAGUUUAUCAUGAGGCUGGCCCCGUGCCAAGGCUUCCAUCGUUUCAGCAAUUGAACGAGACCAUUAAAGAUACAGAUCCAAAUACCGAGCUAGUAGGAGAAGGUUUCGGAGGAGCAACUGCUGCAGCAGUAUCAAAGACACUUGCGGCAGCCACAAAAACAACAACAUCGUCAUCUUUGGAAUCUUCAGCAGCAGAAGCAGAAGCAGAAGCAGAAGCAGCAGAAGCAACUGCAGUAGCUGCAACUGCGGCAAAGAAUAUCUUGCAGUAUUCAUCAGCAUUUAAGAAUUUGGCUCUAUACCAGGAGAGCCAGGCAAUUGGCAAUCCAAACAAGAUUGCUAGAACCUUGACUGUUGGCGGAAGCAAUCCGUAUAGUUCUGGUCUUGGCCCAGAUUAUUCUUAUGGUAGUAAUAUGCUAUACACGCGCCACGAAAGUUACCCUAAUCAAUACUACAAUUUUGCGAGUGAUGUUGUUAGACACACACCCGAUUCCAAAACACCAGAUUCAAUCGAAGAGAUGAAAUUGAAUAGCAGACCAGACAAUGACGAACUUAUGCAUUUAUCUUGUGUGGAAGAUCUUUCAUAUGUUGAUGAUGUGAUUUUGUUUUUAACAGACUUGCAGCAAAAGUGUAGCGGUGGCUCUUCUUCGUACUAUACAGCACUAGAGUACAAGGCAAUGGAUACUUUUUCCAGAAUCAGGAAUUCUGUUGACAUUGAAGAUAUUUUGGUCAAGAUGAAAAAGACUACAUUACUAUUGAAACAAUUCAAAGCUACUAAAAUGAAAUUGGGUGGUGACCUGGAUGAUACUACCACGACCAAUGCCGCUCCAUUCAUUACCAAAAGAGAUAAAAGUCCACUACUGCAAACGCACAAGGAAAAGUCACAGAAACGACAAAAAAGAGAACAAAUUUCCGUCCCAUUACCCACUGGACCUCGAAUUUUGCCUUUUGAGUUAAACAACCACCACCUCAUUGAUAAUUACCAGCACCACCAGCACCAGCACCACCAUCACCAGAACAACAGCAACAACAACAACAAUUGCAACAGUUUUGAUACCGCUAGCGCAUCUGCCCAUGAUCAUUCAUAUGCAAGGAUUGUUUCCCAUGGUAACGAACAACAUACUGUACAAAAUACUGCCCAACAUUACAGAAUAAAUAACAACUUGAAUCCCGAGUUGAUAUCCAAACCAGACGUUGUAUGUCAGCAUUGCUCUUCACACGAAACCCCCGAAUGGCGUCGUGGUCCAGAGGGAAGCAGGACAUUGUGUAACGCUUGUGGGCUCUUCUAUUCUAAAUUGAUUAAAAAAUAUGGCUCUCGAGAAGCUGACAGAGUAAUGCUCGAACGAAAGCAGACUGGAACUGUGAACGAUCGAAGAAUCUUCUAA